AUGGCACGUACCAAGGCAGCAGCCCAAAGAUCUGGCGCAUCGUCACAUCCGUCCAAGAGAGUGACACCCAUCGUUCGCAAUGGUGUGCAUCACAACGGCAAGCCAAAGCCCGCUCAUCCCAACGGUGUGAGCACAGAUGCAGCGAACGGUACAGAGAAAGAGACAGAUGCAGAAAGCUCAACAGAUGAGGAGCCUCAAGAUGAAACCAUGAAGUGUGAAAUCAAACCACUUGAUCGACGGUACGACGACAAGGAUGGGCAGUACUUUACAGAGCGAGCUGUCGAGGUUGAUUUGCCCAAGCAAAAAGAUUGGUGGCGGCUCUUUGCCUUUUGUCUGGUGCGCAACUAUGACUCCGAGGAUGAACUGAACUCAACCAAGCUCUUUGCCAAUGCGCAGCCCAUCAGGCAACUCCUUUACGAUGUCAUUGGCAAUUACCCAUCUGACCCCAUCAACGUGGACGAUGUGCAGAUUGAGUCGCCCUAUCGGUCACUUUUCUUUUACCGUGAAGAGCUUGAGGAGACGGGUGUCAAGCGAUUCGAAGAGAACGAUGACCAGGAGUCUUUGGCACAUCUCAAGCUCUUGCUCUCUUGGAUUGAUACGCAUUUCGAGACAGAGAGAGCCUCGUACAAGAGGUGCAUCAAGGGCAGCCCCAAAGCUAUCAGUUACGACCACCUUUGGACAAUAUUCCGCCCCGGAACAACAGUAUACAGCGAGAUCCUCCAGCAGCCACGUGCCUUCCGUGUCGUCAACCUCUCGUAUGACACUGGCGAGCUGGCUUCUCUGGUACUCCAAGUCUCUUUUGUAGACUUUGACGGUGAGCGCGUUGGCUCGCGCAAGUCGAGCCUUUGUAUCCCCAAGUACAGUGGCGUGCAGGAUAUCGAGGACCUUCCGGCCAUGCCACUUGAUUUCAUUGAGAACGCAAAUGAAGUCCGCGACGCACUAAUGGAGCGCGGUAAAAAGUUCGAGGGCUAUGUCGGACAACACUAUCUGCAAUACGACGGCAUUGCCGUCAAGAGAAUUCAAGACGGCUACGCAAGAUUCAAUGUCACUGGCCGCGUCAUGAUUGACUGCAAGACCUACCAUCGCAUCGAACCUAAUGAUUCGUUCCGCGUUCUUGGCUUGAACAAUAGUGACGACUCUAGCAGACGAGAUCGAUUGAUGAAGCGAGUGACGGGAAAUAACGAGUUUGUGUCGGACAGGAUUGUCCACGAUAAGCUGUCAGACGAUGAUCUACUGCUGUGCAAUGCCACAGUACGGGGAUACUCUUUUACAGUCAAAAAGUUUCUCGAAUUUUUUGCUGACCAGCUGUGCCCUAUCGAGUGGAACACACGGUGCUUUGAUGAUCUAGUCCUGGACGUGGAGAUCAAGAGGACAGUCCAGGCCCUUGUCGCCACCCAUGCGGAGAAGAGGGAGGCAUUCGAUGACAUUGUCAAGGGAAAAGGCCAAGGCCUGGUCUGCGUCCUUCAUGGACCGCCGGGAGUGGGCAAGACUUUAACAGCCGAAUGCGUAGCUGAAUAUGUCCAACGACCGCUUUACAUGGUUUCCUCUGGAGAUCUUGGCACCAACAGCGUGGACCUUGACAAGACGUUGACAAAAAUCAUGGACAUGACAUCCACAUGGCGGGCCGUGCUCUUGAUUGAUGAGGCAGACGUAUUCCUAGAGCGACGAUCGCUUCAUGACCUACAUCGUAAUGCCAUGGUGAGCGUAUUUCUACGGGUCUUGGAGUACUAUGCCGGAAUCCUCUUCCUGACCACGAACCGCGUCAACACCUUUGACGACGCCUUCAAGUCGCGGAUACAUAUUCCCAUCAGAUACACUGAGCUCUCAAUCGAGUCGCGUAUCCAAAUAUGGAGCAACUUUUGCAAAAUGGUCCCGGGUGGCGUCGACAUUGACGACAUUGGCAUCGCCACCCUGGCCGAGCACGACCUCAAUGGGCGCCAGAUUAAAAAUGUCAUCAAGGCGGCAGAGAGUCUGGCGGUGUUCGAGAAGAUCAAGCUCGACCUCAAGACCCUGCAGCAGGUCACCAAGAUUCAAGCCACGUUUGAAAAGGACUUGACGAAUUUGAGUGGCGUGGACUACACCGCUCCCGGGUCUUCGCGGAAGGAUGCCGACAGCAGGAACAUGUUUCUGUAA